AUGGUACUCUUGGUACAAAGGCUUAGUAAAUUAUACCACAAGCUGGAAAAUCACUACCACCACCACCAAGCAGAGGUUGAUGCUUUGUCAGCCUCUCUACAGGCUUUUCGGUCUGAUGUUUCGAAUUGUGUGAAUCAGUUGUUGCAUCCAGAACCUGGUUCAGAAAUCUUGUCUUUUUCAUGGAUUCAGCGAUGUUUUGAGUUACUUCCUGUUAUCAACAAGGCGUUUUUGAAGCUGGUUGGGGAUAUAGACUACCCCAUGAGCUGCUGGGAUGUUGCUUCCCUCGAUGAGUAUCUUAACUACGGCUUGCAUUUACUGGAGCUUCUCAACUGUGUUACUUCUUCUCUUUCUCACUUGGCACAGGCUCGGCUUUCCUUUGCUCAUGCUUUGAACCUUGUGGAGAGUUCACCUUCUACGGCGAUUGAACAUCUCAAAGCAAUCCAGUCCCAAAGUUCAAGCAAGGACUUAAAGGGACUGGUUAGAAACAAGGAAGGUGGUGAGGGGAAAUUGUCUUCUUGCAAGGAAAGGGUAGUCCAUGAAGCUUUGAUGGAGGUAAAGAGUGUUGGGUUAUGGGUAUUUGGGGUUGUUUUGGCUACCUUGUCUGGAGAGACCAAACCAUACUUGGAGAUCAAACAAGUGAUUGUCAGGUUCAAUUCUGCUUUGUUAAUUGAUGUAGAUUCAUGUGUUUUUAAGGUUAUGGUGGAGAAAGGUGAGACAUUAAAAGAGGUUAAGGAGCUGAACAGUGCAGCAAAUUCCCUAGUAUCAGCAAUCCUUUCUGGGAAAACCAGUGUUGCAGCCAUGGAUUUCGGUGGAAAGUUAGGUGUUUUCGAGAAGGAGAUGGAUGCUUUAGAAAAGCAAGUGGAUGCCCUGUUUUCGAGUGUAUUGGCAGCCAGAAAUGAACUGCUUAACGGUGUUCGGCAACGCAAGCAAUAA